AUGGGGUCCGGAGACCUUGCACAGAAACUGCAUGCAGCAGCUGAGGGGUUUCGGCUGGGGAAGGGGCAUAGCGAGGGCCUCCUCAGCUGGUUGGGGCCCCUGCUACCGGCGCUAGGGCACCCAGAAGCCCCUGCAGUGCAGCAGAAGAAGCUGGGCAGCAAGGCAGCAGCAGCGCGGGAGCACGAGCAACAGAAGCUGCUGCUGCAGCAGCAACAGGAACUACCCAAGCUGCGCCAACAACUGCAGCAGCUGCUUAAAGUAUACGUUACAACUUCUCCAGCCUGCAUCGAGCUGCUGCAGCUUCUAGACGCAUGCAAUGAUAGACUGCUACAGAAGGCUGCAGAGGCUGGCCGGGUGGGGCAGAGGGGUUUGCCUGAGGGUAUAAGUCCUGCUGCAGCGCGAAUCCAGCAGCAGCAGCAGCAGCAGCAGGAGCUGCUCCUAAAAGGAGCCGAUGAAGCCGAGGAAGCAGCGCGUGCAGCACAAGCUGCUGCACUUCUUUCAAGUGCUAUCAUUGAAGAUGAAACCCUGGACGCUCUUCCUGCUGCUGCAUCGACACGGGGUCGCCUUGCUGCUGCUGUUGCUGCUCCGUCGCGGCUGCUGUCGUUCAGUUCCGUGCUGCUGCCGUUCCCUGCUGCAGCAGGCAGCGGGAAGCAGCACGCGCUGCUGCAGUUGUGUAUCUGCCGACUGUUAGGUGCUGCUGCUGCCUUUUCCUCAGCAGCAGCGUGGCGCAUUGCCUCAGCCGCGCAGGGAGCAACCGCAGCCGCAGCAGCAGCAGCAGCAGCAGCAGCUGAGGCCCUUCAUGGAGGGGGUGGGGGAGCAGCCGAUAAGAUGGUGCAGCAGCACCCCCUUCAGCAGGCUCUCAUCCUUUUGUGCGAAGGCCCCAGUCACCGCCUGCUGCAGCGCAACGGAAGUAGCAGCAGCAGCAGCAGCAGACGAAGCGGGGGUGCUGGAGAUAGCAGCCUGCUGCCUCCCCCGCCCAAAGCGCAGGGGCGUUUGUGUGGAUGCUCUCACUGCGGCGACUCUGCAGUAGCAGCAGCAACAGCAGCAGCAGCAGAAGAGACAGUUAGCGAGGAAGGAGACAAGGGAAGAGACAGCAGUCUACAGGAGACACCCAAACGAGGCUGGCAUAGCGCUUGGGGGGCCUUCUCUGUGAAGUGCUGCUGCCUCUCCUGCUGUGAGGAGACAGACCCCACAGACCCCAGUAAAUGGAGUGUCUCUACAGGAGCCGCGGCGCAAGCAGCUGCUGCUGCGGUUGCUGGGGAAUCGGGGCUGGGCGGACAUUUGGCAGCAGCAGCAGCUGCGGCUGCUGCUGCUGCUUCGGGUGUACGUGCAGCUGUGAAACGGCUGCGCAGCAGAGAGGCCGAGGAGGGCCUCGGGGGCUGCGGCACAGUGCCUAUUCGAUAUGCGUUGCGGCAGGAGGUGCUGCGGCUGCUGCUGCUGCUGCUGCUGCACCCAGACCCUCUCGUGAGCAGCGCGCUGCUGCAGCAGCGGAGACGCCCCAACCAGCAGCAGCAGCAGCAGCAGCAGCAGCAGCUGAAGGGCUCCCGGGCUGGCGCUGCAGAUCCCAACAGCAGCAGCAGCAGCAAGCAGGAAGGAGGGUUGGCUCUUCUGCGUGCGGCGCUGCGGGGUCUGUCUACCGACCGUGAGCUGGAUGCACUGUGCUUGUUGGUGGGGUUGUUCUAUCGUUUUAUGUCGAGGAGACAAAAGGGACAGGCAAAUGAGACGGAGACAGCAGCACGCCGUCUGCUUCUCUCAUCGGGCGGCGGGGGCUUCCCCGUGCCGCUGCUGCUGCAGAGACUUGCUGCUAGGGAGCAGCUGAGCCACUUGCUGCUGCCCUUGUUGUCUCCUCACGACUGCAGCAGCGUUGCUGACGCAGCAGCAGCAGCAGAAGCAGGAGCCGCACCAGCUGCACGCAACGGGGACGCCCCACCUCUGCCGGCUUACUUUAGCAGCGCCUGGGCGGUGCAGCGAUUGCUGGGGUGUCUGCUGCUGCUGGCGGUGAGCCGAGAAGAGAUGAAGGGCGUCCCGCUGUGUGGGGCCCCUCAGGAGACAGCUGAGGCUCACGGAGGAGACAGUACGAGUUCCUUGCGUACUGCUGCUGCCCCGCUGCUCUCUGUGGCGCUAGCUAUACGUCCCGUUCAUCUGCCGCCGCAGCAGGAGCUGCUGCUGCUGCUCUUUAAGGCCCAGCCAGCAGCUGCUGCUCCCUACCUUGCAAAGAUAAGCGGCCUCCUGCUGACACCCCGCAAGUCUUCUACCUUUGCGCUCUCUUGUCUCUUUCUCUGCCGCCUACUUGAAACCCCCUGGGCCUCCCCUGCACACUCUUUCAACCAGCAGCAGCCGCUGCAGCUGCAGCAGCAGCAGCAGCAGCUCGUGACGUCAGGGAUGGGUGAAGGAGGAUUCAGAUGGCUAGAUGGAUUAGAGGGGGUGGCCGAGCAGCAGCAGCAGCAGCAGCAGCAGAAGCAGGACGGAGAAGUGGAUUGGUUCGGAGAGCUGGAGCCUUUGCGGCUGCAGCACGCGCUGCAUCAGCACGAGCAGCAGGCAGCGCUGCAGCGACACUGGCGGGUUGUGGGGCUGGCAGUGCUUUACGUGGCUUCGCCUGCGCUGCUGCUGCGGCAGCACCUUUCCCAGUGUCUGCUGCAGCAAGACCUCACCCUCGCCUUCUUUGGGGUGUCCGUCCUUAGGGCCUGCUGCAAGGCGCUGCGCUGCAUGCAUGCGGCCCUGAAAGACAGCCCCGAGCAGCAGCGUCUCUUCCUCUCCCAGGUGGCUCUCAGGCUCCCAGACCCCAAGACACUCGUCAACUCUUUGCUGCGCAUGCAGCAGCAGCAGCAGCAACAACAACAGCAGCAGCAGCAGCGGCAGCAGCGGCGGCGGCAGAAGAAGCUCGCGUCGCAGCGUAUACAGGAUGCUGAGGAGGCGUCCUUUGUGGAGUGUUGGCUAUCGGACGAAGCGCUAGCGAGGGCAGCUGCAGCAGCAGCAGCUGCUGCUGCGAAGGAGCAGCAGCAACGGGAACUAGAGAGCCUGCAGCAGCAGGGGACAUCCGAGGCGAGCGAUGACGACCAAGUUGAAGUCCACGUGGCAGGCAUGGGGCACGAGGAGACAGAAGGAGACAGCUUAAAAGCCCUUGGGGGGGCUCAGGAGGAGACAGUGCAGGAGACACCUCAGCGCGUAUUCGAGAUAGACAAGGGGGUGCCUCUAAAGCACCUGCUGCAGCUCUUCUUUAAAGAGGGGGCCCCCCAGCGAGCGGCACAGGACGGGGGUCCCCGCGAUGCUCGUGGGGACAGCCUUGUAGGGGCCGAGGGGAUUCAUUUAGAAGAGCUCUUCUUGCAGUUUAUGUUGAGGUGUCUGGACAGCGCAGACGCAUAUCAAGAUCUGCUAGUCCCUUCGUUCCCUCUGGAGUGGGGGAAGCUGCUCUGCACGUGGAAGGCGGGGGAGGCCCCGGGACACACAGGGGCCCCACGGGCCCCGGAGGCCCUCGGGGGCCCUGGGAAGCUGUGGCUUUGCUGUUCCUCGGGCCGCCUUGCAGCAGAAAUAACGCAUCUGGGGGUGCAGGCGCGGGGCGGUGUAGACAUCUGGGGAGAGGAGAUAGCACUGGGGGCUCCUGUCUCCAAGCAGCAGCAGCUGCUACUGCUUCACCUUCUGCUGCAGUGGCACGCCGAUGUGCAGGGCAGCAGGAAGCUGCUGCAGCACAGCCAGGCCCCACAGUCAGCUGACAAGCCUCAAGGACAAGUCGCUGUCUGCAGUCCCCGGCUCCCCCCGCUGCAAAUCCUUUUGGGGCUGCUGCACAAGAGCGGGUUGUUUGCAGGAGAGCAUUUGGGGAGUUGCUGCGUAGACGAGGCCGCUGUGUGGCUAGCUGCGCUGCUGGAGAGCGGCUGCUUCCGCUGCAGUUGUCUCUACUUCGUGGGUUUGGUGCGCCUCGCAAGCGAACGGCGGCUGAGUCUCCUUGCCUGCAGCCAGGAGUACCUUUCUUUAGAGACAGUACCGAGAGCGGGGGGAGAAGCAGCAGCUGCAGCAGCAACUGCAGCAGCAGCUGCUGCAGCAGCAGCAAACGGAGCUCCCGGCGGCUUUUUUUCGGUGUUUUCUUUGGCUGUUUUGUCGCACUUGUCAGUGACCCCGCGCUGCAAUGGGGGGCGGCCGCUCUUCGUAGAAAUACCUCCUUUCGGUGUUGGAGCCCCCAGCGAGAGCUGCUGGGGUUGCUGUACUCCGCAGCAUUCAGGAGACCUCUGCGUGGAAGCCGUCACGGGGUGGGCCUUGCAGGGCUUCAUGCGCUGCUGUGUCUUGAGCCCCUCGUGGGGCCCUCCUCUCCUUCGCUGUCUGGAGGCUGAGGGGCCUUGGCGGGUCGUGGGCGCUGCGCUGAACGUGAAUGCAUCUACGAAGCAGGAGCAGGAACAAGAACAAGAGCACCAGCAGCAGCAGCAGCAGCAGCGGCAGGCGGACGCAGCCCGGGCUGCUGCGGCGCAGCACCCCCAGUACGAACUUGUAAACAAAUACCGCCGGCAAUUGCGGCGUUUCUUGAAGGUUUGCUGUUGCCGAGUUGUGGAGCCCCACACUUCACAAGGGACAGAGGGAGAGGGGAGGAGAUCUUUCCUUGAGACGCAACUUACACUGGUGUCUGGCGCUGCUCCUCAUUUGGCCGCGAGGUUGGGCCCGCAUGCUGCAGUGCAUGCGAUACCCCCGGGGCUGCUGCUAGCUGUCUUUGGAGCGCAGCUACCUGGCUCUGGUUGGGGACAUGCAGGAGGCCCUGCUGCUGCUGCAGGCUGGAGCAACGGGCUGUGGCUGCUGCGCGCGCUGCUGCAGCACAUCGGAGAGUUGCCGCCGCCUGCAGCAUGUACGGAGCCUGCUGAGGAGACACUACAGGACGCCGGAGACAAGGAGACGGAAGAGAGGCUGGCUGCUCUUCUGCUGCAGUUGGAGGCGGUCACGCGCCACGUGAGGAACUCAGCCGUGGCGUUGGGGGGUCUCCUCCCUGUGGGGAGUCCCUCCCUGUGGGGCCCCAGUGACACCUCAGGCGCCGACUCUGAAGCAGAGCAGCCGCUAUUGUUCGACGUGGGGGAGGCUUCAGAGCGGCUGUUGCGUCUGGCUAUCAAGGCCCUCAAGGGGCUGCAGUCUCUUUGUGCUCCUGCGCAUCUCCCUCAGCAAGCCCUGCAUAACGGGCGACAAAAGAAAAGAAAAGAGAAAAAAGGCAACAACAAAAGCAGCAUCGUCGAUGGCUCGCCUCCACCGACAGAAGCACUUAGGCAAUGGACAGAGAUGGGGGCUGUUCUGUGCUGCCACAUUUGCAACCUGCUGCAGGCUGCUGCUGCUGAGGGGACACCUGAGGCAAUGGGGGGUCAGCAGCGGCAGCAGCUGCUGCUGCUGCUGCAGCGAGUGGUGCGGCGGGCGAUCGAGUUGGCAGCAGCUUUGCUGCAGGCAGAGGAGCUGCUGGACUCGGACAACUGCGCCCCAGUUAUUCGUUGCAUGCAGGGCCUAGGCCUUGUCGCGAGUUCCCAGCGCCGAACGGAGACAGAACACCAAACGGAGACAGAAACGCAAGAGACAGAGGAGACGGAGGCACAACAGCAAGAUGAAACGGCGCCAAGAUGCCAACGGGAGGAGCCUCUCCUUCGGGACUUGCUGCUCGCUCUCUUGCAGCGCCUUGCGGUGGCUGCGAGGCCUUUUGUAGCAGAAGAUAGGAGGCCGUUGCUGCUGCUGGCGGCUGAAAGGGUGGUGGGCCGUAAGGAAAAGACAGCUGCAGCAGGAACAUCGGCAGGUCUCGCUCACCUCCGCUGGCUGCUGCCCCUGCUGGAGUUCUGGGGGCUGGGGCACACAGCAGCACCAGCAGCAGCGGCAGCACCUGCUGGUGGGCAUCUGACGGGUGCUGAAGGAGUGUUCGGCCUGUCGCUCGUCCUGCAUGCAUGCGGCGCAACCCCAGUUGCCCCGGGUGAAAACCCUGAAGCAGCAGCACUCUCCUUAGUGCAACGGUUGCAGGUGCUCUCUGAAGAGGAAGCGCUGCGCCUGUUCAGCUUCUUGGAGGGCUUGUGGCAGCAGCAAAGGGCCGAGCAACAAGCUCCUGCUGUUGCUGCUGCUGCUGCUGCAGUGGCGCUUGUUGCGGCGGCGCCAGAGACUUCUAAGGCCCGAGCCCACAUCCAGGCAGCCAAGGAUCUCCCUUCCAAUGAGGGUUUGCUGGAAGCAACAGAGCGCGUGAUGGUUUGUCUGUGCUUGCAGACGGCGCCUGGGGCCCCCGCGCUGCGCAGUGACAGGGAUGCAGCAGCAGCAGCAGCAGCAGCUACAGCAGCAGCACCAGCAACUGAUGCUGCAGUGGUGUUUAGACAGGGGCUCGUUGAGACAUUGCGCGCAUGCUGGGACCGCAGCGGCAGUUUCCGGCGUGCAUGCAUCCGCCUCUUUCUUCCCUCAGAGGGCCCCGCAGGGACGGAAGAGACAGCCUGUCCCCUGAUCCACCCAGCGGUGCGCCUUGCGCUUCUGCUGCAGUGGCGAGAUGCGCUGCAGCAGAUGCCGCAUUCAUUUUACCCGUCUGUUGCGGAUGCCCUAAAGCGCUGCCAGGAGGCGCUGGAGGAGGGAGACGGCACGGCCGGUGCAGAGAGCAGCAGCAGCAGCAGUUCAAGGAAGCGGCGGAAGGCUGCUGCUUCGAAGCCCAACCCAGUAGAAGAUGGCUGGGCAGCAGAUGUGAUGGAGGCACUGAAACUGUCACUGUAUGCGCGGGACAGCAACGAGGGCCCUAGCGGCAAGCGUGUGCGGGCCAAGGGGGCCCCCUGGCAGGUGGCAGCGUCGUUCCUUCGGGAGAGGCGGGAGAGAGAAUAUCCUGCUGCCUAUAGCUUGGCUGCUGAGGCCCCACUGCUGUGGGCACAGGCUGUGCAGCAGUUCCUCGCCUCGCUCUGCAUGCAGCAGGCAGGGACAUCAGUCCUUGUGCGUCUCGGUGUAGAGUUGGCGCGAGACCUGGCGGAGCUGGCGGGCAGCCUGGAGGAGCCUUUUACGAUUGAAGAGGGGUGGCCUGUGGACGGUUGGGCUCGGUAUCAGUUCUUGGCCGUGGUGCUGCACGCAUCGGCGGGUGGCAGUAGAAGCAGUUGUUUAGAUGAGUCUUCUACUGGGUUGCGCGCUUUGGGCGCCGCUCGUGGGGACCUAGGGACUGCGCUGAAGGACCUGAAGACGGAGUUGGGGGAGCUGCAAGAGGCUCUUACGGGGUCCGGCGACCUGUCUGACGACUCGGUGUAUGCAUCAGCAGGAGAAGAGGGGGCAGCAGCAGCAGCUGCCGACUUGGCGUAUUACCUGGGGGCAAUGGGCAGGGCUGCGCAGCUGGGCGUCGUGGUGGUACGCGCCUUACAGCCAAAAGGGACACCCACGGAGGCAUGCCUCACGAAAGAGCAAAGACAGUUCUUUAAAGCUCUCAGGCCCAAGGCGCAGUCCGUGGCCCGGGGCUUUCUCCAGGUCUUGGGCCCUUCGCCCCCCAUUGCUGCCGUUAACUGCGGCGCCGCGGCGCUGCUGAAGCUGCCCCAAGGGGGAGCGGAGUGGGGGUCGUCUCCUCCCGCUGUUCUUACUUCGGAUCUCUUGUCCGUCCACGCCUGGGUCUCUCUUCUACUACCGGCGGUGCAGCUCGCCAUGAUGGCGGCGGCUCUGGGAUCGUCUCCUGGUGCUGCAGCGGCCUACGCGAAAGAAGCUGCUCUGGAGGCGCUGUCUUCCACAGCCAUGGCAACCCUGGGGAUUGCAGCUAAGCAGGCAAUUCGCAGCACAGGGGCGGCUAUGGGGCCGGGGGGCAGCGCUGCAGCAGCGGGCCUUGCAGGGGUGUUGUGUCCCCUGCUGCAGUGUUUGUGUGAGCAGCUCCUCCCAGCAGCGAAUGCGCAGCAGCUGCAAGGAGCAGAGGAAGCGGCUCGGCCAGAAGAGAGCCUAGAAGGCCGGCAAGAAGAUGAGGCAGAGCCUUUCUGCCGCCUUUCGGAGGUGUGCCCCGAGUUGUUUGAGGCCCUCGUUCAGCUGUAUGGGGCAUCCACCUCCCGGGUAGACGCCUACAUUUGCCAAAUCCUUACUCUGGACAGCGGGGGCCCGAACCUCAGUGAAAGCGCAGCAGAAUGUGCAGCGGAGGGUCACUCAGCGGGUGCAGAGGGCCUUGAGGUCUCCUCAGGGCCAUCUCAGGCGGGCGACCAAGCCCUGAAAGAGGCAGGGGCGGCAAGAGAGGCAACAGAAGGAGGCAGCUGCGAGGUGUUCAGCAGCGAGUUCACCUGGAUGGCGGAGUUGCCGGAUUUCCGGGAAGUGUUUGCAGAUACAAGCACAGAUGCUUCAGUUGCAUCCAGCCCUGUUAGCCAGCGCGUCCGUCUCCGUCUUGCGGGCCCCUGCGACUGGCUCGCCCUCGACCCCAGGCGAGUCAAGGAGACCCUUGAUGCGUUUGCGUUCCACGCCAAGUUGGUGCAGCCCCGGCGAUUUGCUGCGGAGCAGCAGCAAAGCCUCUGCCGUUGGGAUCCCGCAGCUGCUACCGGAGUCGAGAAGCUGCAGGUGCACCUGCAGCUGCAAUCUGCCUUGAAGGCGCGUGCGAGUGUGGGGGCAGGGGGCGAGUUUGAGGAGACAACACAGGGGGGCGCCGACUGCAGGGAGACAGUUGUCUGGGCCUCUCAACUGGCGCGUCGUUUGGAAGACCUGGGGCGCAGCUACGAGUUAAGGGCUCUGCGGGAGACUUCGGCGGGGAGCAGCGCGUAUGAUGUGGGCUACCUUGUACCUUACCUGACGGGGCGGCUGACGACGGCAUGCUUCGUUUUGAUGUGGCGGUGGCAACGGCUCCUUGAAGAGGAACAGGAACACCAGCAGCAAACUCGCUUGCAGCUGCAACAGCACCUGCAACAGAAGCAGCAGCGGGAAGGGGAGGAGGACAAUCCCUCUGCUCCCAGCAGCGAUCCUCUAAUCGCCUUGUCCGUCAAUCGACCCGUGUGCGCAGCGGAGCAGGCGCGCCGGGCCUGUGGAGUGGCGGGGGCUUGGUUGCGGUUUCUGGAGGAGACAGCAAAGAAGGAAGAGGAGGCGGCUGGGAUCGUCUCCUCCCCCGAAGGCCCUGCGGGGGAGUCGGAAGGUCCCAGCGAGGGUGUCGGCGGUACACAGGUAAAGGAGACACCAAGCGCUACCGGCGCUGAGGAACCAGAGGAGACUUCCGCACAGCAGAACAAACGGCGCAGGGAGGACGUCUGGGAGAUGGAUGAAUUCAACCCACAAGAAGUGCAACCGGCUGUCACGCGUGUCAGUACAUUCUUGAAGGCUGCGAGGCGCAUUGGGCGCCUUUGGAGGCCCCUCUCCGCCAGCACUCAGGAAGCAGGAAAGGCCGGUGCAGACGGAGAUCGGGAGAUAGCAGCGCGCAAACUCGAGGCAUGGGGGGCCUCUAUCGACGACGGAGACCAAUGGCUCAGUAGCUUUGCCUCUGGGGGGGGACUGCAACUCCUUAUUAUGGCUCUGGGUUGCCCCGACCCAUCUACGCGAGCGGCAGCUGCUCAAGGUCUUGCGGUGUACACGCACCUUUUGCAACUGUCAGCAGACCGGUCGUUGCUUUGCCACUUCGCAGAUGUGCACGCCUUCAAUAUGCAGAACCGCAAGCGGCAUUUGAGCGCUGCUGCUGCUAAAGGCCGCGGGUCGCGAAGGCGGGAGACGCAGCACCGGCAUAAAGCCGCUACCUUUGCCUUCCGAGAAGUCAAGCAGCUCCUGACGCUUCUGAACUCCCUCAUGACCUCGAUUCAGCAGCAGCAGCAUCAGCAGCAAUCCUCAACAGACGCAGUAUCUGCAGGGCAAGGGCUUGCACCAGGGAGAACUGUUGUACAGGUUGUCUCACCGGUUGCAUGCAGCUUUGUUGCUGCUGCGCUGCCUUUCCUCUUCCUCCCAGAUCUGCCGCUGUAUCCUGUGUUGAACUUUGCGCUGUUGAAACACCCUGCCGUCUCGGUGUUGCUGCAGGAGCCGUGCAUGCCGUUAACUUUGGCGGCCUUGCGGCAGCCCCUGUUGGGGUCGGAGGGUCUGUUUUCUCGUUUGCUGCUCUCUCCCUCUGCUGCAACGUCAGCAGAGCAGAAGCGGUUUUUGCUGCUAGUGCUGAAGCGGGCCAUGGCGGUGUCUCACUGCCUCGCCGACGGUUCCGUAGCAGUCAGCAGCCGUCUGCUGCAGGCCCACAGAAUACCCCAGGCUGUGUUGCCCCCGCCGGCCUUGCUUGCGCUGUCUGCGCUGCCUGUGCUGGGUGAUCUAAGUAAUAAGUCUUCGGUAAGUCGCAGCGUGCUGGAGGCCCUGUUGCUCUCAACAGCAGCCCCAGCCUGCCUCACCGGUUGCACAUGGUGGUCCCCGCAUGCAGCUUUCUCAGUGACAGCGGCUCAAGCGGAACUCUGCAGUGUCUGGGCUGCAAAGGAAGGCCCCACAGAUCUCCAGUCAGCGGAGUAUAUCCAAGUUCCCCUAGCCACUGUCAACGCUCAGCACUUGCUGCAGCGCUUUGGCAUCCUGCAGUGGCUACGUGCCCAAGUGGAGACAGUCAUAACCUCUCUUGGGGCCUCGCCUCGCGCCCGUAGAGGGACAGCAGUCUUCGCAGCGAGGGACUCCGCAGCUUUAGCCAGUCAGCCUGUGCCUCCCCCACCCUUCCCGCUUCAUGCAGCGUCUUGUACAGCCGAAAGGAAUCAGUCCCUGCGGCAUUCUCACCUUUGUAGGGUGGGUGAGUGCCCCCGUGCUGACGGCGUGUGGGGAGGAAGCAAGACGGAAGCCUCUAACAGGGGCGUAACACCGUCUAAGUGGCUGCCUCCUAUGAGGGACUGCACUCGUUUGCUGUGGUCUCUGAUUGCGGCCUCCACGGUAGCGGCUCCCCUGCCAGCUUGGCAAGCCCCCCGCCUUUGCUUGUGGGGCAGUAUCGUCACCAGCACAGGGGAGAGUAAUGCCUCACAAGGGGCCCGAGGCGCUGCGGGCGUCGCGGGCAACUGCGAAGGCGGUAGAGUGCAUGAGAAUUGCAACGACAGUGGUGGACGCCCUUCACCGGAACAGGCGGCCUCUGUGGAGCGUGGAGAUUCAGAGACCACAGGACAUUUUGGGCCUUUCUGGCCGCUGGAAAUAGGCCCCGGGAGUCUGCCUCUGCUGCGAGCAGCACUAAAGGCACGGCGCCAACUCUUUAAGCUGAAGCGAGUUUCUGAGGGAAGCGGAAAGGAAGAGACAGGCGCAGGCGGAGAGCCAGGUCAAGUGCGCCUCACCCUAGGUACCGGAGAUGGGCUGCGUCAUGCCCACACAGCUCGGCAUCUGCUGCUUGACCUCUUGGAGGGACUGCAGCGGCUAGCCAGGGCUUGGUUCAUCUUUGGAGAGGCCGCAGGGGUGUUCGUCUGGGCUCAGGACGGCUUCGCCGGAAGCAUGUUGGGGUGUACUGCCACCCCAUCCUGGGCAUCCGACCUGCUGGAUGCAUCGAUUGCGUGCCUCUCAGCGCUGUGGGCAGUGGCGGCAUGCGGCGAGUCUCUCGGGUUGCUUUGGGAGGGAGACGACGUUGCAGAAACAUCAGACCCCCUUCGAAGACAACAGAAGCUGCAGGCUUCUUCCUGCUGUGGGGACAUCUUAAAGCUGUGCGCGUGGGCAGCGUCUCUGCCGGCCAAAACCUCCCCUAGCCGCAUGCAGCGGGGGGUCGGAGUCGUGCGUAAGGAGUCGACCGAUUUAGGGAAUUGCUGCUUUUCUAUUUGGGAGACAGUGUACGUUGCUAUUUGUGAAGGAGGGCUCGGGCUGCCAUCCAACUGCUCUGAAAGGGCCCAUAGACAGGUCUACGGAGGUCAUACUGGUAGGAGCCGCUGGGUGCACCUCGCGUUGCUGCAAAUCCAACGUCUCUGUGGGGCAGACAACGAACCCUUGCAGCGACUAAUUGCCGUUGCAGAAGGGAUAUAA